GGAUAACUUCAAAGUCCAAUCGCAUGAGCGUGAGUGUCUAUGCUGCUGCAGUGGUUUAUUUUCCAGUGACAUUUCAGGUAUUCGCUGAGCUAUUGAGUAUCUUUAAACAGUGAAAGUUAUUAUUUAUUUAUUUUUACUUGUAGGCUAGAUUUGUUUAUAUAUGCUACAGUGAUUUGUUUUCCACAGAGCUCUAUGGUGCGAGCAUUUUACUCGCAUUUGCGACUAAAAAUUAUUUUGUGCGAGCAAAAGAAAUCAUUCAGGAGCACAAUGUGCGAGAACAGAUUUCAACCAGCAGCAGAAACGAAAGGUGAAUCCUGCCGGUUGUGGGUUAAACGGGGGUCACAGACAGGAAUACGGCGGAGCACUAUGGCCACCGCAAGAUAACGCAGUUUACUGGCGACCGAGAAGCCCGGCUCCAGGUCCAAUAAUUUCCUCUUCAUUGGUGCCACGCACAGGUAUGUGACGUGUCAGAGGAGAAAUGACCCAUUCACAUUUCUGUCUUUGUGGCAGGUAACGGUCCACAAACCUCACCGCACUGUAGGGACUGUUCUUUACUUGUCAUUGGAGGAGGGUGGCUGGUUGAUUUUUAUUUCAUUUAUUUAUUUUAUUUUGAUCCCCCCCUAUGUUCAUCACUUAUUGAUGCUGUUUUUCUAUGAAUAAGUCAAUAAGUAAUUUAUUCCAUUGAAAUAUCAUUGAGGUGUUAUAGAAAAGUGAUUUAUCUUUUUAUAAAUGACAAAAGGCACAUCUGCCUCAUUUUAUCUGUGGUAUCGUGAUACUACUCAGAACCGUGAUAUUUUCACUGGUAUCGUACCGUGGGUCCCAGUUUUGGUACCGUGACAACACUAAUAUACAUAUACUGUAUAUACAUAUUUUCUAUUUUUUAAUCUUUAUAUUCUUUUUUCUUAGUAUGCAUUGUCGCCCUCCAUUUUCUGUCUGUGCUUUGAGCUGCUGUGACGUGAAUUUCCCAAGUGUGGGAUUAAUAAGGUUUCUCUUGUCUUGUCUUGUCUUGUCUUGUCUUGUCUUGUCUCAUCUCGAGUCGAUGAAGCGCUGACUGAAAGGAAAAGACUUUAAAAAAAACAAACAUUUAAUUUACAUGUUAUUAUUUACGUGUUAAUGUGUGUAUCAAUGAAUCUGCGCAGACAUCCCUGUUGAUGAUGUAAGAGUUAACGUUCCACCUCUGUUCUCAGAACACGUUCUAACAGUUGUUGUUGCUCCAACAAUCAGAACGGAGAGGAGGCGGUCUUUACCGCUCUCAUAACCAUGGAUGAUGACGACUGCAGUGUGCUGGAGAACGGCGACUGCGAGGCGGCGCGGCAGACCAGUGACAUCACCUUCAGCUCCAACAUAAGCCCCGCCCCCGGCCUAAGGAGGAAGCAGCUGCUGUGGCAAAAUGCCGUCAGAAACGUCAUUGACAAACACAACAUGUACUCGCUGAGGCUCGCUGGUGGCCUGGACCGAGGGAGACACCGCAUCUUUGUCACUGACGCCUACAUCGCUGACAUCAACAGGCAGAUCCGUAACAAGGCGUCCCGAACGGCUCUAUGGCAGAAACGGCGCUCGUCGGCUGCUCGUAUCCACCCGUCCACGCCGAGGAUCAACGCGGCAGCACGGACAGCGUACGACUCGCUGAGUGAUGCCACCUUCUUUGUGUCAUCAGGGUCGACGGUGCGGGGCGUCUUCAUCCCUGCACUGCAACACACAUUCAAGUCUGUGGACCUGGAGCAGCUGUACCAACAGUUCUCGUCAGGAGAACGCAGGACGUCGCUGGUCGUCACCAACGUCAUCGACAUUGUGACCCGACUGCUCAUCUCUCUGCUAACAUGGCCGCCGGGCUGGUGGGGUCUGGCCUGUGAUUGGCUGGCUGGUCUGUCUGUCGUCCUGUGGGCGGGGAUCUGUCUGCUGGCGCUCACCAGGAGGGAAGUGACAUCAUCGCCUCAAUGGCUCUGGUACCUGUCAGUGAUCAGCUGGUUGUCUCAGGUGUGUCCCCCCCGUCUGUCCCUAAGGUACCUGUCAGUGGUGAGCUGGUUGUCUCAGGUGUGUGUCCCCAUCUGUCCCUCAGGUACCUGUCAGUGGUUACCUGGUUGUCUCAGGUGUGUCCCCCCCCCCUGUCUGUCCCUCAGGUACCUCUCAGUGGUGAGCUGGAUGUCUCAGACCCUCCAGGUGUUGGUGGGUGUGUUCAGUUGGGCGGAGAGUGACCACUCCUGGUACGUCUUCUUCUCGCUGUUCUCCACCUACACCCUGCUGCCCCUCCCCCUCCUCUGGUCCAUUAUCGCCGGGACAACCACGUCCACCUUGCACCUGCUGCUGGAUGUCUGCCGUCAAUACGGCGAUGACACCUUCGUCAGAAAGGUGUCAUCCAAGGCCUUACUCUACCUCGCCAUGAACACUGCCGGUCUGUUUAUCCACUACCUGUCGGACCGCACCCAGAGACAGGCGUUCCUCGAGACCAGGCGCUGCAUCGAGGGGCGGGUCCGCCUGGAGCGGGAGAACCAUCGACAGGAGCGCCUGGUGAUGUCCAUCCUGCCUCGGUUCCUGGUUCUGGAGAUGAUUGCCGAUAUGGCUACCAUGGACGAGUACCUGCUGCCUCAGCAGUUCCACAAGAUCUACAUCCACCACUACAAAGACGUCAGCAUCCUGUUUGCUGACAUCAUUGGCUUCACCUCCCUGUCAUUGAUCCUCUCUGCUCAAGAACUUGUCAAAACUCUCAACGAACUCUUUGGUCGCUUCGAUCGGCUGGCUGAGGAGCACCAGUGUCUCCGUAUUAAGAUCCUGGGGGACUGUUAUUACUGUGUCUCUGGCGUCCCCGAGCCUCAGCGGGGACACGCCCGCUGCUGCGUGGAGAUGGGUCUCAGUAUGAUCAACACCAUGAGGUACGUUCGCCGUGAGCUGCAGCAGGAAGUGGACAUGAGGAUCGGCGUCCACUCCGGGUCGGUCCUUUGUGGGGUUCUGGGUCUUCAGAAGUGGCAGUUUGACAUUUGGAGCUGGGACGUGGACAUUGCCAACAGUCUGGAGGCGGCAGGCGUGGCGGGGCAGGUCCACAUCUCGCAGGCCACUCUGGAUUGUCUUGACGGGAUCUAUGAGACGGAGGCGGGGCACGGCCAGGAAAGAAACGAGUUUCUACGGAAACACAACAUUGACACGUACCUGAUCCGCCCAGCAGCUCGAGAGGAAGCGGAGCCACCGAGAGCGAGACGUCCAAGUUACGACGAGAUGACGACGUGGAGCGCCGAGCUGCCAUUUGGAGACAGCCUGGGGAUGAACUUUAUCCUCGCCACCUUCACCAACGGCUCAUUGACCCAGCUGCCCAAUCACAUCGCAGUGCAGCAGUCCGGGUCACGAGAGGUCAACAAGAGGAUCCUCCGGGCAAUGGAGGUGAGGAGCAGCGAGCGAAUGAGAAAGGAGCAGAUCACCACCUUCACCCAGGUGUUCAAGGACUCCCACAUGGAGGGAAAGUACUCUCACAUGAGGGAUGAACUCUUCAAGUCCAACAUGGUUUGUUCCUUCAUCCUGCUGCUGCUGCUGAUGUCUGUCCAGGCGCUGAUCCCUGCCCCCAGGUUGUGUCCGAUGAUUGCUCAGUUUGUGGUCGGCGGCAGCGUUUACUUCCUGCUUCUGUUGCUGACUCUGGGGGAGGAGUUUAAGCAUUGCCCCGCCCCUCUGCAGUCGCUCUGUUGCUGGGUUCACGAAACCAAGAGUGCCCGGACGCUGCUUACGCUUACCGCCAUCACCGUCAACUUCGGGGUCGCCUCGUCAGACAUUGUGAGCUUGAUGUUGUGUUGGUGGAAAUGUUGAUGUUGCCAAAACAUAUCAGCUGAGAGAGCAACAAGAGGAACCAGAUGUUGCUGGUUUGAAGCAACAAGGUUGAUGCAACAAACU